GUUAUCGAUUGUCAUCGGGUAUUGUCGACGGCCCGUGCGAAUCGCAUUGCGCAAUCCGUAAGUGUUCGGAGAAUAUUUAUUGAUUCGUUUGGACGUGUCUGGUCGACGUGCGGAUUCCCAGGCUGUCGGCGUACUCGAAAACGGUAUUGAUAACAACCGCCGCGUUAUCGAACCGACGAGACCUCAACCGAGCGGUUCCCGGGUGAUACGCGAUCGUAUACGUGAAAAGUGGUCAGUCGUGCGCAUUCGUCAAACACCGAUUCAUGUUCAACCUCGCUAGUUUGCAGUAAUUUCUUCAGUACUCCGCUGUACCACUACCGAGACCUAUUCCGUCCUAAGUCGUUUCACUACAAACCGUUUUGUGUCGCUUUUGUCAUUUGUACAUCGCAGUCGUACGUUUAACGGUUUACCGGAUCGUGGUGUUUUCGUUGCUUCAAGUAAACCGCACAUUUGGUCAUGACCGAAAUAGUAGCUCCUACUAAUCUUCAACCUGAAAACGGUUACCGCGGAAUGACUUUUGCCAUCACCAAAGAUCUAGUUACGGGAGAAUGUCUCCAUUAUCCUAUGAACUCGAUCGUAGUGUUGAACAAAGAAGAUGGUGACGAUGUCGUGUUCUUGGUGAACUGUGCGCUUCGCAGUACUAAUCGCGUCAAGUACAAGUUGAAGAAUAUUGAUGGCUUUUACGGUGAAUUGUUGCUCAAUGGAUUUUUGGCGAUACGUUUUACGGAGCCUAGACACAUGAUUGUCAUGCAUACAUCAUGUUUAAGGCAACGUGUCCUGUUCCUUGAAUGGUUUCUUCAUCCCUUCUUAACAUGCAUGUACCUCAUCUAUGACUCUCUCAAGAUGGAUGAUGCAUUCGACCCAAAUUUGGCUGAAUUUACAAGCAUUUCACGUUUCAACAGGAACAAUAUGAAUAUUGGAUGUUUGAGUACUGUCAUUUUGGAAGGUGUUGAUUUGUCAUCUGUGCCUGCAGACUUUGGUCAUACCCCUGUUUCUUACAUAAGUCUUUCGGGUAGUAAUCUGGGAUUGUCUAAUUAUGAACCUGAAACAUUUUGGGAUUGGAUGACAAAACCUACAAUAUGUAAAACCUUAGAGGUUUUAGAAAUGAACUCUAAUAAUUUGGAGAAGUUGCCGUUUGAAAUCAUUUUUUUGAAAAAUCUAACUGUUCUAUCUGUGUCCGAUAAUAAACUGACAUGUAUUCCACGAUUUACUGGUGAACUCAAGAAACUGCGUUGCUUGUUUUUCAAUAACAACAAAGUACCAUUUUUACCGGAAUCUUUACAAACUAGAACAUUUGAUUAUUUCAGCUGCAAAAAUAAUGAUUUUGAUGAAUUUAAUCGCAUAGUUGUUGCAAAAAUGAUGGCAAAUAAAAAACCGAAAGACACUUCUAAUUUUAAGAAAUUACCAAGUUUAAGUCAUCUUGCACUUUUUUCUUUAAUUGAUAAAAAUGUACAUUUUAGGAGACAAGAUCUGAGCCUAUCUAUACUUAGAUGUUUUGAUAACCUUUAUCGUUGUGCGGCUUGUCAUAAAUUGAUGAUAACUGAUGGUGGCGGCCGUUACCAACUUAGCUUUGUUAAAACAAAAUGUUUUAUGCAAACUGAGAUGGUGAACUGGGAGUAUUUCAAAUGUGAUUAUAAAUGUAUUGAUUAUGACAAUCCACUCCCUUUCUUUCUUAGAGAAGAUAUAAGAUUAGCGUUACAGCGUUAAUAACUAAUUUUACUUAAUUUGGUCACUUAUUCUUUUAAUGGUAGUUAUAUUUUAUGUCUAAGUUUAAAUAUUUAUAUAAAAUUUUAA